AACGGUCACGUGGUGCGGAUGCCCUUCCACGCUGCGACAGCAAACAUGGCAGCACUCUUGAGAUCAGCCCGGUUACUCAAAUUUUCGCCUUCGGGCUUGAUUCAGGUCACAAGGACCAAAAGAAACGGACCGCCGCUCGGCCGGCUGUACAGCGGCGCUCUCGGCGGCGGAAGGACCGGAGCUUGCUCCCGUCUGAUCGGCCCGGCUUCGGAAAAUGCGUCCAGCAGUCGUGUGUGGCCAUAUGCAGUGGCUGGUGUGCGGGGCUAUGCUAUGGCCACAGAGAAGAAGGAUGAGGCCAGCGUUGCAGUGCGGUCCAAGCAGGCUCAGCAGUUCGACUGGGCUCUGGCCAAGCUGGACAGCUCUGUGAGGAGGACCGGUCGCAUCACCAAGACCCUGCUGCUCCGCAUCUUCCAUGAUAUCUGCAGGACAGGUUACCCCAGUGGUAACCAGGCCUUGCUGCUGCUGCGUAGCUGUGGGUCCCUGCUGCCUGAGGUGCCACUGGAGGAACGCACUGUGCUGGCACACCGCGUGUGGGAGAAGCUGCAGGAGCUGGGUGCACAGUUUGAUGUUAGUCACUACAACGCCCUGCUAAAGGUUUACCUGCAGAAUGAGUUCAAGUUUUCCCCUACUGACUUCCUGUCCAAGAUGGAAGCAGCUAACGUCCAGCCCAACAGAGUUACCUACCAGAGACUCAUAGCAGCCUACUGCCAAAACGGAAAUAUCGAGGGAGCCAGCACCAUAUUGGGUUUCAUGAAGAGCAAAGAUUUACCCAUCACUGAGGCUGUUUUCAACUCGCUGCUGACGGGCCACGCUCGUGCAGGUGACAUCGAGAGUGCUAAGAACAUCCUGCCUGUGAUGCGGGGAGCAGGAAUUGAACCGGGUCCUGACACUUAUGUGUCACUGCUUACUGCCUAUGCCGAAAAGGGAGACCUGGACAGUUUGAAAAAGACUCUGGAGGAAGCAGAGAGUGCAGACUGCAGUCUAAUGGACAGGGACAUCAUGCAGGUCAUCUUCACUCUGGCCAAGGCCGGCCACCAGCAGUACGUCCCAGAGAUGGUUGAGCGCUUGAGACACGAGAGGGGUUAUGUGCCAGAUGCUAUGAACUUGUGUCUGAGCCUCAUCACCCAGGGCCAGGAGGACACGGCUUUUCACAUCCUGAAGAAUUUCUCCUCACUGCAUCCAGAUACUCUCGGCACAGAUCCCCCCAACCUGGGCAACUUCUUCCUCAGACACUGUGUCAAUAUGGACACGGCAGUGGAGAAGAUCAGGUGCUACUGUAAAGAGCUCCAGGAGUUAAAUCUGCACACUGCGCCACUCAUCUUCUCUCUGUACUGUGCUCUGGAGGCCAACAAGACUGGUGUGUCUUUAGAGCUGAUGAAGAUACUGAAGGAGGAGGGCUUACCUGUAAGGCCGCACUACUUUUGCCCCCUCCUCAAUCAGCAUGUGAAGGACAACAACACAGCUGGUGUGGUGGAGGUGGUGAAGGGCAUGCAGGAACUCGGUGUGUCCCCUGAUGCCGAGACGUUAUCCAACUACAUCCUGCCUGUCUUCCCCAGCACAGAGGCAGCUCGACAGGCCCUCAAGGACGCAGGUGUCCCUCUGGAGUCUGAGGACUUCUUGUCUUUAGAGGUUCGCUCGUUGGCUGUUAGCAACCUGGCCAAACUCUACAACCUAUUGUCGGAUCCCUCCUUCCCCUCGUUGGAUCACAGCAAUUUCCGAGGCAGCCUCAUCCUGGGCUUCAGAAAGUCUGAUGAUUUGGAGAGCAUGGUGAAGAUUACUGAGCUCUUAUACAAAGACGAGCGCUUCACCAACGAAAGCUCCAAUCCUGCUGAAGGAGCAUCCUUCUUCUUGUACAAUCUGAUCGACAGCAUGUCAGAGGGGGAGGUACAGGCGCAGGAAGACAUGCUGCGGAAAUACUUCAAUAAGCUACAGACUCAGAAUAUAACCGUUUCAGUAAACAUCUACAGAGGCAUCAGGAACCUUCUGGAGUCUUACCAUGUCCCAGAGCUCAUCAAGGAUGUGAUUGCUUUGGUGGACCCCAAAGACAGAGCGUCCAUUGGCUCUGUGUCAGCUGUUCCCCGUGUCACUGGAAUUGAGGGCAAGGUGUUGGUGCUUGAGAAGAAAUUGGCUGAAUUGAAAGCAGAGAACAAACCAUUAAGCUCAGUUCUCAAACAAGCCAUCCAGGCCCUCUGUGCUGAGGAGAACAUGCAGCGCGCCCUUGAGCUAAAGCAGCAGCACGAGGACGAGAUGACAGUCGGCGGCUACGCCAGUCUCAUCAACCUGUGCUGUCGCCACGACAAUGUGGAGGAGGCGCUCAACCUGAAGCAGGAACUAAAUCGUAAGGACUCGUCAAUAGUGCUGGAUGCCAGUAAAUACAUCGCACUGGUCAAGACGCUCUCCAAGAAUGGCAGAGUGGAGGAGGCGGUGGACAUCCUGAAGGAGAUGAAAGAGAAGGAGGUGGUGAUGAAUGACACACACAUCACCAUGCUCUUCUACACGCUCAACGCUGUAGUGACCAAAGGCGGCGCCCCCGUCAUCCGACGACUGCAGGACACCAUCUUUACCCUCGGUCUGGCCAAGCCCUCCGCCAAUCUCUGUUCACCCCUGAUUACUGCCUACCUGGAGAGUAAGGACCUGCCUGGAGCUCUAGAGGCAGCACUGGAGUGUCAGAAGCACUACAACCAACUGCCUCGCAUCCACGACAUCCUUGUUGGUCUGGUGGAGAAAGGAGACACUGAACUGCUGCAGAAAGCCAUGGACUUUGUGAGUCAGGAGCGAGGGGAGAUGAAUAUGCUGUAUGAUCUGUUCUUUGCAUUCCUGCAGACGGGCCGCUACCGUGAGGCUCGUAAGAUCAUUGAGACCCCUGGGCUGAGGGCAAGGCCUGGACGCCUCCAGUGGUAUGCUGAGAAAUGCAUUUUUGCCAACCAGAUGGAGGCCUUGGAGCAGAUGGUUGACAUGACAGCCAAGCUGUUUGAGUGCGACAGAGAUGAAAUGUACAGUUACAUCCUCCGUCUCUGCAAGGAGACAAACGACUGGGAGAAGGCAGAGGCGGUGUGGACGAAAAUGCAGGAGGAGAACGUAAUUCCCAGGGAGAGGACCCUGCGUAUGCUGGCAGACAUCCUGAAGAAUAAUGGCCAGGAGGUGCCUUUUGAGGUGCCUGAGACCUGGUACGAACAAGCUGCCACCGCACAGCAGGUCAAGUCAGCAACGACCCCCACCACAGCCGAAAGUGUUACUGAAUACCAGGCCCGACUGUUGGCCCUCUGUAAGAAGGGCAAAGCCAAAGAAGCCUAUGGGAUGCUUAAAAAAGCUGAUAAAAAGGGUGUGAAAUUAACCCCCGCCCCUUAUGACCACCUAAUCCGCGCGCUUUUGGCUGAGGGAGCCAUUGAGGAUGCCAUGGUAGUCAAGGACAUUGCUGUGUCUCGUGUGCCAGGCUUCCAGCUGAGUAAUAUUGCCACCAGUUUGCUCAUCAUCACACACAGCAAGAAGGGCCAGGCCAAAGAUGCUCUUGAGAAACUGAAGUCUAUGCUGCAGGCGGACCACGUGCCCUCGCAGCUUGCCAUCACCAGACUGGUGCAGGCCCUGGGUAACCAUGGCGACGUGGCGGGCAUCCAGGAAGUGGAAUCACUAAUGAAGGGCCUCGGCACAAGCCUCAACCUGUCCAGCAUGGUGUUUGUCAACAACAAGGCCCUGGCACACAUCAAAAAUGGUGACUUGGAGUCAGCAGUGGAGGUGCUGGAGUCAGUCUACACCAGUCCAGACAGCACGAGCCCCAGUAUGUCCUUCGUCUUCAGAAAGAUCUUGGAAGAUGACGAUGACAAAGCCUUAGACAAGUUGAGUGCUAUGGCAGAGCGGCUAGCCAACCACUUUGCCUGCUACAGACCAGCUUCAGACCUCUUCCUCCAGCUGCUGGAUAUGGACAAAUUCGAGGACGCCAAGUUCAUGCUGGCUCGCUGUAACGCCUUGGCUGAACAGAAGGAGGUGCUGUUGUCCUACUUGUCUCGAAAGGCUCAGACUCCUGGACAGAUGGGCAGGAUCAAGGCCCUGCUGAGCCUGAUUCCAGACUUCACCGAGAAGCAGGUGCUGUACCCGUACCUGCUGAAAUGUCAUGUUCUGGAUAAGGACUUACCGUCAGCCAAGGCUCUGCAGGAGCAGAUGCAGGAGGAGGGGAUGGUCGUAGAUGAGCUCUCACUCAAGCGGCUGGCUGCGCUUUACCGCGAUGCAGGAGAGACGGUGCCCUUCCCUGAGCCCCCUGAGUCCUUUAAGUUUUAUGCAGACAAGCUGAGAGAGAGAGCUGACAAAGCCCAGAUGACAGCAGAGGAAUAAAGACUCCUCCUCUCCUUUCACCUCCAUCCAAAUCCCACUGUUUUCUUCCUUCGUCGCUCUCUUUUUUUUUUUUUAUAUAUAUACAUACAAGUUGUUUGAGCCGAAAUAUUGAGUAUUAUGUGUUGUGACUGUUGGUUGUUGAAAACUGUCUGCUGCGAUAUUGAUAUUGUUGACCAUGACAAUGAUGAUUUUGAGAAUGUACAGAAGUAUUUAUGCUAAUAAAUGAAGUUAGGAAUCCAGA